AUGGCGUGCUUCAAGAAGCCAUGGUUCGCAUCAUCUGAAUUUUCAAGAAACCUUCAACAACGUCCAAGAACUCAUCACAUUCUUACGGUUCCUUUCUUCCUUCUCUCCCUCUUCCUCCUCUCUGCAUCUUACACCAGCAACUCUCCCACUCCCUACCCCGCCGCCACCCCAUUAUUCCCUCCAUCUUCUCCUUUCUCCAACUCCCACAUGCUUUCCAAACCACGCAGCAGAAGCACCUUGUCUUCCGUCACCGCCGCAGAGAGAACUCACGCCAACUCCACCAACAGUGACUCACAAGCUAUCAGAGACCUCGCUUCCUGCGACAUCUUUGAUGGCACUUGGGUUCGCGAUGAACAUGCCGAACCACUUUACCAACAUGCUUCAUGUCCUUAUCUUGAUGACGCUUUCAACUGCUUCAAGAAUGGACGUUCAGAUUUUGAUUAUCUUAAAUAUCGAUGGAAGCCACACGGUUGCCACAUUCCAAGGUUUGAUGGGUUGAAAAUGUUGCGGAUGCUAAGAGGUAAGAGGGUGGUGUUUGUAGGAGACUCCUUGAACAGGAACAUGUGGCAAUCCCUCGCGUGUUCUCUGAGAGCUUCUCUCAAAGAUAAGACCAGAAUCUAUGAAGUUUCGGGACGCCGUGAAUUCAGGACUCAAGGUUUUUUCUCUCUCAAUUUCAGAGACUAUGCAUGCUCGAUAGAGUUUGUGAAAUCCCCAUUUCUAGUUCAAGAAUGGAAAGUGUUACGAAAUACGGGUCAAAGAGAGACUCUGAGGCUUGACAUGAUCCAAGCUUCUAAGUCUCAAUACAAUAAUGCUGAUAUCAUCAUUUUCAACACAGGCCACUGGUGGAAUCACUACAAAACCAGAAACGGCAUAAAUUACUUUCAAGAAGGGAAUCAUGUGUAUGAGAGACUACAAGUUUCGGAAGCAUUAAGGAAAGCACUGAAGACAUGGGCGGAUUGGGUGGAUUCGAGAGUGGACAGGAGGCGCACAAGGGUGUUCUUCACAGGAUUCUCAGCUUCUCACUACAAAGGAGGGCAAUGGAACUCUGGAGGAAAAUGUGAUGGAGAGAAGGAACCAAUAACAAACGAGAGGUACCUUGGAGAAUAUCCAUGGACAAUGAGGAUACUUGAAAGUGUGAUAUCAGAGAUGAAGACACCAGUGUUUUACCUCAACAUUACAAAGAUGACUGAUUACAGAAAAGAUGGCCAUCCCUCUGUCAAUAAUAACAAUAAAGGGCGGCUAAGAACAACGGUUCAGGAUUGCAGCCAUUGGUGCCUCCCUGGAAUUCCAGACUCCUGGAAUGAACUUCUUUAUGCCACUCUUCUCAUAGCACAUAACAACACUCAUUUUUAG